AUAUGUGCUUCAAAGGCAGUGUAAAUUGAUUUAAACAAACAGGACCAUUGACAAUUCAUGUACAUUGCAAGGCUGGAAAUUUCACAUCCACUCAUGUUAAUGUUGAUGACUUCAUUGCGGAUUUACAGUAAAAAAAACACAAGAAUUAAGCGUGUGAGAGGGCGGCAUUGUUGCCCGCUCCUUUUGGAGUGAUCUCAUGUUGAUAAAUUGCCAGUAAAUAGCCACAUUCAUCCAUAAACACUGUGCCAAAGCCUGGUGGAGCCCACUGUCUACUAACUGGUUUACAUCUUGUUUCAUUUGGCAACAUAAAUGACACCCAUUUUGAGGCGGGUGUUCCUCUGUUGGGCCAGUCUAGGAAUUUAGGGUUGAUUGAUUUGCUUCUGAUCAACACCCUGCCUCCUUCCGCACUCCCUACACCUACCUACCUACCUACCCACCCACCCACCCACAACCCUGCCUCCACCUGAACCUAUUACUGGGGUUUUGGGAAGAUGGGCUGUCUUGGCAAUAGUAAGACUGAAGACCAACGAAAUGAGGAGAAGGCACAGAGGGAAGCCAACAAAAAGAUAGACAGGCAGCUCCAAAAAGACAAACAGAUAUACCGGGCGACUCACCGGCUACUACUAUUAGGGGCUGGUGAAUCUGGAAAAAGCACGAUAGUUAAACAGAUGCGAAUACUACACGUUAAUGGCUUCAACGCAGAGGAGAAAAAACAGAAAAUACAUGAUAUUAAAAACAACAUUAAAGAAGCUAUAGAGACGAUUGUGGCUGCCAUGAAUACGCUGACACCGCCAUGCCAGGUAGCCUGUCCUGCGAACAAAAGCCGAAUCGAUUAUGUCCUGAACCAAGUAAACCAGAAGGAUUUUGAGUUUCCUUCGGAGUUUUAUGACCAUGCAAAGAUCCUCUGGCAGGACGAGGGUGUGCAGUCCUGCUGGGAAAGGUCCAACGAAUAUCAACUCAUCGACUGCGCACAAUAGUAAGUC